AUGUUGAAGCUGGAAGAGGUUAUCUUCCUCAUGGGAACGUUGAAGAGGAAACUAGGGGAAAGCAGAAGUAUUAAAGCUUAUAACACGGUUAGCCAGGUGACUGCCGUCCUGUUGUCACCACUUUUUAAUCAAUGCUAUGGAGUUAUGAAGGCCUUCAGUACAACACUGUGUACAGUCGAACUAAACGCUAUACUCACUAAAACUUCGGUGCAACCGGCAAUUUCCAGCCUACCUCCUCUAACAGCCGAUGCGUUGCGACGAAGAGUGGAGCAGUUUUGUAUUGCAGAAGACAGAGAAAUUUUUCUUAUCGAACUACCACCUCCUCACCCAGAUCAACUGAGCAAACGCUGUGGAUUGAUCUUGCGGCAACAUCUUGUAGAUGGGGAGGUAAAAAGACUAUAUAUCGCUGGCUUAGAAGAAGGCAGUCCAGCCAGUCGAGCUCACAACAUUCGCUCGGGAGAUGAAAUAUUGGUUAUUUCUGGAUUUCCGCUGGACCGUCUCACCAUGGAACAGCUUCGCUAUGGUUUGUUAGAUUCCCCGGAAGCUGCAGACAUUCCUUUCAAUGCAAACCUUUACGAAUUGGCUGAAAAUCUGCUCAAUGCACCAUAUCGUUCUAAGAGUAAAGGCGGAAUUCCAUUAAGAAUGCCCACGAUAAUUGUGGCUCGAAGAUCUCCGUCAACCAACGUAAUUGACACUCGGCCCAAAACACAGUUCGAAGCAAUUGACUCUUUCUAUCAUGAGACGCUGUUGCCGGCUGGUACAGAUACGGACAAACUUGGGAUUCAAUUCGGAUACAAUGAAGAUGCUGGUAGCGUUUACAUUAAAUCGAUAGCACCAGAAAGUCAGGCAGCUUGUGAUGGCAUUCUCAAAGAAGGCGAUUGUGUCUUGGAGAUAAACUACCAGAAAGUGGAUCAUUUACCAGCUCACGACGCGUUGAGCCAAAUUGAACGUGCUUGCCGCAGGGCCAGCUUUGUGAACAUAAAGGCAUUUCGUCCACCGCUUACGAAAGAGAGCGGUCCUCGUUCAUCAGAAAUACGACGUUCGCAAUUCGUUACUCACAAAGCCUUGUCAUACGACAGUGCAUCCUCAUCGGAUGCUACUGGAGCGAUGGAAUUCGAUUGCUCCGACUCCACUAUGACGGCAGUCGCUGCGCCAUGGUCGCAACGGAGGGUCGAUAUGAAUGGCUUCGCAUCCGGCGACCACCAAUUGUAUUCAGGAGAUCUCGUGCAGUCUAUCCAGUUUUGGCGCAGCAGAUUACCUCUAUCCGCUGAGGUUGUGGGUACCGAGUACGACAUGGGCGACGUAGUGCAUUGCCUUGGAAUUACCAUCGAAGGAACGGUUGAGAAGCCAUCCCCAUCAUCUCAGUAUGAGUCUCAUCAUUACAUUGUCGAAGUGCUACCAGAGAGCUGCGACGGAAUUCGAAACAUCCUACUUCCAGGCGACGAACUCUUACAGAUAAACAAAAAUAUUCUUCUUCACGAACCACACUUGGAAGUUGCUCGACUACUGCAUGAAGCACCCAGUGUAGGUUAUUUGAUUUGCGCGAGACCAAAGCACCCGAUCUCCAUAGAACCGAUCAUUGAAGAGGAGAAGACGAUGCCUGAAACAGAGGAUAUUCAGGAAGAAAGCUCUUCAGAUAACACGCUUGGAUCCGAUCAGAUAAGUAGCGACAAAGGUUUCAAGACUAGCACCUCAGCCUCGGAGCAGACAUCUGACGUAGAUAAAUUUCCUCAAGCUCCUCGUAUUCUGUAUUCUAGCCGGUCGAAGCCGACCGACACCAAGUUGCGAUACUCCCCGACAGAUGAAACAGAAGUGUUUGUGACGAACCAGACUACAUCGGAUGAAGAAUUCAGUCAAACCCAGAUGCCCUGGUUAGACGCACAUCCAGGGAGUCCCGAACCAUUCCCUAGGAAUGAAGCAUUCCAAGAAAAUGUCAUGCAGAUGAUGGACUUAUCCAAUGCAGCGUUUACUCCUCGAUUGGAGCCGACGGCAACAAUGGAGUCCGGUUCAUCUAUCCUGUACAGAUUACCCAUGCCGCCGAAAAUCACUUCAGUCAGCCUACAAGGCGGUGAACAUGAGCGUCGAUCUUUGCAUCAUUCAACAGCACUAUCCAUGCCCGAUCCGCAGGCAAAUAACGCAGUGAGCUUCAGUCAGACUGAACAAACUUGGCUUUUGGCGGUUUUCAAAAAUACUGGAGAAUGGUUAGGUCUGGAGCUGGAGGCGACAGAUGGAGGACCGAAAGGCAUCAGGCUUUGUCAUAUUACCCCUGGAAGUCCUUUGGAAAAUACGCUGUUCAGUUUGAGGCAUCGGUGUCACACCACUUCAUCCAUGGCGGCUGCACUUGAGGAACCGCGGCUACCACAAAUCGGGGAUUGGAUUCUUUCUGUGGCAGGUCAUUCAUUGUGCAACGUAAGCGGUCUGAGUGCUCGAAUCACACUUCGUCAUCUGGUCAUGCAAUGUGGCUACAUUACUAUCAAAUACGCUCCUGGAAACUCGCAUGCUCAUUAA